AGGGGUGUUUCUAACAAACAGCUGCUGCAGCUGCGAAAGAGAGAGAAAGAAAGAUCAGGAGCAACAGCAGUGAUCUGACCCCUGCAACAGCUCUACCAUGAACACUUACCUCUUUGUGUAUGACUUAAUGCAAUUCUGUGGACAUUCCUGGAUAUUUACCAAUAUGAUCAUCAGGUUCAUGUCGUUUGGCAAAGAUUCGUUGGCCGACACAUUUUAUUCCAUAGGACUUGUGAUGCGCCUUUGCCAGCUGUUAUCUCUACUAGAGAUCCUACACAUCCUUGCUGGCAUUGAUAAAAGCCGUCUCUUACCUCGUUUUCUGCAGAUCACUGAGAGAAUAAUUGUUUUAUUUGUUGUCAUCAACAGUCAGGAAGAAGUUCAAGGGAAAUACGUUGUGUGUGUUUUAUUUUUCCUCUGGAAUUUACUAGAUGUGAUCAGGUACACUUAUAACAUGCUAGCAAGGACAGGAAUAUACUACCUACCACUGACAUGGCUCCACUUCACCUUGUGCAUCCUGCUCUACCCCCUCUCCGUGCUGGCUAAAGCAUUUGCAAUCUGUGUAUCACUGCCCUAUUUUGAAUCCUUUGGCACAUACUCCAUCAGGCUGCCCUUUCCAUUUGCCUUCUCCAUCUACUUUCCUUAUGUCCUGAAAGUGUACUUGCUAGUGCUGUUCAUAGGCAUGUACUUCAUCAUCCAGAACCUCUUCUCAGAAAGAAAAGCUCACCUCGGGACAGGCAACAUCAAAAAGAAGCGAAGCUAAGUUGAUAAUUUGUUCGGAAAUAAGGAGCAUAUUCUUAGUGGGCUGCAGCCUCUCACAUGUAAAUACAUUAGAUAAAGAUUUUCAAGGCACAGCUCUUGUUUGUAUGUACAUGAUCUGGCGGUGUGGACUUUUCAGCAAAUGGAAGUCUCUUUAAGACAUCUCAAUAUGGAGCAGCUCAAAAUCACUAAUCACCUUUGAAAGUUUUGACUUCAGAUGACAGCAGUUUGUAAAGUGAAUGUAUUUUUUCUAACUUGUAUUAGAGAACUCUGAAAAACAAACAAAAAAAUCAGAAAAGUGCCCCCCCUUAAAUACACUAACAAAAUAAAAAUUAUAAUCAUGCUUCCAGCAGCCAAUGGGACUCUCUUCCCCACAAGUUUUCUCCAUGGUGAACAGGAGAUAGGAAAACAAAAGUAGCAUGACAUAGUCAGGCCAAUAUAUAUAGUCUUUAAAAUGGAGUUAACUAUUGAAAGCCACAUGCAAAAUUCUGGUCACUUUGUUCACGUGACCUGUCCCUUGUACUUCUGAGUUAUUACCUGCAAGAGGAAUGCAGUCAGAAUACAGUCUCUCUGAGAAAGAGAAUCAAGAGCAGAGACAGUAGCCCACUGGAUUUUGUAAAGAAGAAAAUGGACUGCCUGGUUUGCACAAAGAACUGCUUAUGGGCAUGAAAGGACUCAUCCCAUGUUUCAUCUAUGUUGUUUAUCAUCUGCAUAUGGACUUGAAUUUAAAGUAAGGGGGAAGUGAGGCUGUUCAUUUGAGCUUGACUGAGAAGUGGAAUGGGGAGAGGGAAGAUACUAGCUAAUGUGAUUGUAUUCACUUUCCUUAAUGAUGCAGCCUUUGCCUGUACAGCUUUCUCAACCAUGAAGCUAAAAGAGUAUUCAGACUGCUGUGCAAAGCAAACAGUGAAGUUGUUCCUGAUGAGCUUGGUUGUUAUGAAAGGUCACAUAUUACUACUUUUAUUUAAUGUACCUGGUGAACAUUGUACCUGCAAACUGUUUUUGCUAUUGAAGCAUUUAGGAACCAUAAUCAACUGCAUGCAACAGUAUUUGAGCAAACUUGGAUUUUUUGAAAGUAGCUCAGAGGGAGGUAAGAAUUUGGACAUUCUUAGUGAAAUAGAAGUAUUUCUAUUUUGGAUCUGUCAUCCACAAUGUGGAUAGUGCUGAAAGUUUGGAUGAAGAAAAACAAAGAAAUUAAACAGGAACCCAGAAGAGAGCCAGAACAAGAAGAGUUCAUGAUCAAACCAUUGUAAACAUACUAAAGGUGGAAGAUGGACAUCUUUCCCCUUUGGCAAUUUGAUCUAAUUUGUCAUAAGAUUCUCUGUAGUUAAGAUACCCCGGAUGAGGAAACAAAACAUCUGAUAUCAAAACUUUUUUUUUAUACAUAUAUAUGCUUAAAACAAUGAAGACUCAGAAUGGGGUGGUCUUCCUUUGCACAAAUUCUUAAAGCUGGCUAAGAGGCUUGAACAAUAGAAAAAGUCUUUAAAUUUUACAAGAGGGAGGAAUCCUAAACCUAAACUGCCAAAAAAGGUAAGAAGUUAGUUAUAGAAGACUUCCCUCCAGCUUCUGAUGCAGAGAUAACUUGGAGAUAGCACUGGGGAUAUUCAAGGAAUUGAUCUUCCAUGACCAGUUACAGCAGGCAACUGUAACUUUGGCUCUAUAGCUUUACUACAGUUUCUGAAAAAGCUCAAGGAUGGGUAGACAGAAAGGUAUCUUACCUUUCCAUCUCUGGGAAGUUAAAUCAUUGAUAAAUUCUAAAAUCAGCCUAAGAUUCCAGGAAACUUGUAUUGUCAUUUAGGUCAUCUGAUGUUGGAAUUAAGUAAGCAUUUUUCUUACGUAUGAGUACACACACAUAAGAAAUAAGAAACUUCUCUAAAGACAAGAUGAAGGAAUAUCAGUAGGAAGUUUUUCAGUGAGCUGUCAGUGUGAUAUGUAAUUGCAAGUGUCUACACAGUCUCUUUAUGACCAAAAGAAGGAUGUUUGAUUAC